AUGUCACAUAAUAAUCAUCCAAAUCAACAAUCAACUUCAACCAAACACGUUAAGAAAAAAGCGAAACAAGACGCAACUGAACAGCAAUCCAAUCAUCUUCGUCAUUCAUAUCGACAAAUGAAUCCGACAACAACAAUAUUAGAACCUCGUCGCGAUUUACCUUUGCAUAAAAUCCCUGAACUUCUCGCCAAAAUUACUGGCACAUUAUCGUCCACACUAUCCUCGUCGUCAUCGGAUACCAAACAGCAAACAUCAUCAUCGAAUGGCAUAACAAAUUCAUUAGAUCGUCGUUUUCAAUUAUUUAGACAUUAUUCUGAUAAUGAUGAGGAAUUAAUGCCUCUUGAUGGAAUUCUUCAUUUUUGUAAAGAUUUAUCUUUUGAACCUGAUUGUUAUGAAGUUCUUCUAUUCUGUUUUCUAUGUCGCGCUAAACAAAUGUAUUCGUUAACAAAAGACGAAUUUAUUCGUGGUUUGAAAACUCUUGGUAAUCACGUGGAUAAUCUCCUAGAUGUCCGCACAUCAUUAUUAAAUUACGACAUUCUGCCAUAUGAAAAUGAAUUUUACACUUGGACAUAUCACUAUGGAUUAAUCGAUGGUCAACGUUGUGUUACAACAGCAAAUGCAAUAAGUCUCUGGCGUUUAUACUAUUCAAAAGGAAUCGAAAGACCAGUUAUACUCAACCAGUGGUUGAACUAUUUAGAACAAGACGUAAACAAUGAAAUUCCUAAGACCAUUACAUGUGAUACAUGGACGAUAUUUCCUCAAUUCGCUAAAUUUAUUCAAUUGAAUGGCUAUGAAGCGUACGAUGAUAACGAAGCAUGGCCAUGUUUAUUUGAUGGAUUUGUCGAAUAUCAAUUGGACCAACAAAAGCCAAAGAUAACAUUGAAUUGA